CUAUGAUAAUCACCUGUCAAAUGUCAAACUCUCGUGCAGAUUUUUAGGUUAUGUUGUGUUGAACUUAGUCAAAAACAAAAUAUCUUCGCAGCAAUGGAAGUAGAAAAUGAUUUACCUACUUGUGUUCAAGCAAGAUUUAAAUCAGAUACCGGUGAAGAAACAGGCAGUCCAUUGGAUUUGCCAUUAACCAUUACUAAAGACCAGUUAACACUGAUCUGCAAUGCUCUUCUUCAAGAGGAAGACAAACCUUUCCUGUUCUUUGUUAAUGAUACUGAAAUCACGUCUACACUCCAAGAAGCACUUGAUAUCAAAAGUUUAAAUUCUGAAGAAGUUGUGGAAAUAAUAUACCAGCAACAGGCUGUGUUCAGAGUAAGACCUGUGACUCGGUGUACAAGUUCAAUACCAGGCCAUGCAGAGGCAGUCAUAUCUACAAGUUUCAGUCCCUCGGGAAGACAACUUGCUAGCGGCUCGGGAGACACCACAGUUAGGUUCUGGGAUCUAUCCACACAAACUCCCCUACAUGUUUGUAAAGGUCACACCAACUGGGUGCUCUGCAUCAGCUGGUCACCAGAUGGCGCCAAGUUGGCCUCAGCCUGCAAGCAGGGCAAGGUCAUGCUGUGGGACCCAGUCACCGGACUCCAGCUCGGGAAGACAAUGGUCGGCCACAAACAGUGGGUCACUGCUUUGGCUUGGGAACCUUAUCACAGGAAUCCGGACUGCCGGAAGCUAGCGAGUGCGUCCAAGGACGGCGACGUGCGGAUCUGGGACACGGUGACGUGCCUCACGGUCACCAGCCUCACGGGGCACUGCAAGGCCGUCACCUCCGUCAAGUGGGGGGGAGGGGGGCUCAUCUACACUUCUUCCCAGGACAGGACUAUAAAGGUGUGGAGAGCAGAAGACGGUAUCCUAUGCAGAACACUCGAGGGCCACGCCCACUGGGUCAACUCUCUCGCUCUAAGUACAGACUAUGUCCUCAGAACCGGUCCAUUCCACCCCAUAACAGACAGAGACGGAUAUAUAAAAGACAAGUCGAUCCUGCAACAGCGCGCCCUAGACCGCUAUACAGAGGUGUGUCCUGGCGGCGUGGAGCGACUCGUAUCUGGCUCGGAUGACUUCACGCUGUUCCUGUGGCUCCCCGACAAGGAGAAGCGGCCGCUCGCGCGCAUGACCGGCCACCAGCAGCUUAUUAAUGAUGUCAAGUUCUCGCCGGAUACUAGGCUAGUAGCGUCAGCAUCGUUCGACAAGUCGGUGAAGCUGUGGGAGGCGGCGACGGGCAAGUUCAUCACGACGCUGCGCGGACACGUUCAGGCCGUGUACACCGUGGCGUGGUCUGCAGACUCACGCCUGCUGCUCAGCUCCAGCGCUGACUCCACGCUCAAAGUUUGGAGUAUGAAGACUAAGAAGCUGGAGCUGGACCUGCCGGGGCACGCGGACGAGGUGUACGCCGUGGACUGGUCGCCCGACGGCGCCUGCGUCGCGUCCGGAGGGAAGGACAAAGUGCUCAAGUUGUGGCAGCAUUGAAACAACGAAAAAAGCUAUUAAAAAAUAAACUGGUUUAUUCAGUGA